AUGGCUUGUGACAAGUCAGCAAAAUGCUACCCUGGACAUGUGGUCCAAAUACAGACAAGCGUCCUGUGUCGUGUGAUCCUGUAUACCAAGAAUGAUGCAUCUGCAAAAAAAUACACGUUGGCCGGGCUGCAGACUGCAGAUCCUCCAGAAGAUGGCCCUGAUCCGAGAAUGCAGAAGAUCUCCGGUGCUGGAAGAGCUAGGAACUUCUGGCAGAUGAAGAUACCUUUCACCUGCGGAAGAUACUUUUCUAAUUACAGCUCUUCACCUGCGCUUUCCUGGUGUCCCAUGUUGGACACUGUCCAAUUUCAGAUUAAGCAAUCAUACCCAGCCAGUAGAGUUCCUUGUUUUCCACGCCUCUCUGCUAGGUGCGAUUUCUCAAAAGCCUCAACAGGUGUCGCAGAUGAGUAG